AUGGCAACGGUUAUGGAUAGGAAGACCACUUUUGUGGUGCUCCUUGUGCAUUGCUAUCUUUCCUUGGCCACUCUAACAUGCAUGCUUGCAUAUGCGGGUGGCAAUCCAAAUGUGCUUUGUAGAAAAGGAGAAAGAGAUGCCCUCUUCACCCUCAAAAAGGGUAUCAUUGAUCCUUCCAAUCUACUCUCAUCUUGGAUUGGCCAGGAAUGUUGCACGUGGAAAGGAAUUGCCUGUGACAACAUAACUGGGCAUGUCGUCCGCCUAAAUCUUAGAAAUCCAUACCAUCCUUAUGAAGAUAUUUAUAAUCAUUUUCCAAGCUUCUUUGGUUGUCUUCGGAAUUUGAGAUAUCUAAAUUUAUCAGAGGCGGGUUUCAUGGGUACAAUUCCUCAUCAGCUGGCAAAUCUCUCCAACUUGCAUACUCUUGACAUUCGUCAACGUUUUUACUAUAUGCCACUGCAAGUUGACAAUCUUGAAUGGUUAUCUCAUCUUUCUCUGUUGGAAUUCCUCGACAUGAGUUAUGUCAAUCUCAGUAAAGCAUCUAAUUGGUUACAGGUGAUGAACAUGCUCCCUUCUCUAUCAGAGUUACACUUGUUUCAUUGUGGACUUGAUAAAUAUGAUCCAAUUCCUCAUGUUAACUUUUCAUCUCUCACUAUCAAGGUUCCACUACUUGGAGUUGCUGUCCAGAACAUGUCUAGUCUUAGAAAUCUACUUCUGAGUGGUAACAACUUCUCUUACACAAUACCUAAAUGGUUAUAUAAUAUGACCACUCUUGAAAGACUUUAUCUUCCAGGAAAUAAUAUUCAAGGUGUACUUCCUAAAGCUAUUGGACGUCUUUCACAACUGAUACUUCUUGACCUGUCACAAAAUGAACUUGAAGGGAAAAUACCAAGAUUCUUGGGAAAUCUGUGUAAUAUGCAACAUUUAGAUUUAUCGGAAAACAACCUUGGGGGAGGUACUUUGCCUGAUCAACUAAGGGAGCAUAAAAAACUCUCUGUUCUUUCACUUGGUGGUAAUAAGCUUUCUGGUCCGAUUCCCAACGAUAGAAGGAGAGGAGAUUUGCUUCUAAGUCUUGAUUUGUCCAAAAAUCUUUUAUCCGGAGAAUUUCCUGACUGUUGGAUGAACUAUUCUCAAUUAAGGGUGUUAAACUUGGGCAGCAAUCACCUAACAGGAAAUAUACCAAGUUCCAUAGGUUCUCUAACUGCACUUCUGGUGUUGUCAUUGGACAAAAACAAUCUGUCUGGAGAUUUACCAGUGUCCUUGCAAAAUUGCAAAUAUCUAAUGAUUGUAGAUUUCAGUGAGAAUCAUUUGUCUGGCAGCUUAUCCAAUUGGUUGGGAAAUAGUUCAGUUGAUCUUAGUGCUCUCGUGCUUCGUUCAAACAAGUUUCAUGGCAGUAUUCCUCAGGAGAUUUGUCACUUCAAUUUUCUUCAAAUCGUGGACCUUGCAAGUAACAAAUUAUCAGGACCCAUUCCGCGGUGUUUUGGUAAUUUGAGUGCCAUGGCAGAACAAUCCCCUACUAGAACUACAAUUGCAAGUGGUUGGGAAGAACCAGUGUUCUUGGUAACAAAGGGAAAAGAGUAUGAAUAUGGAGAGAUGCUUUCUCUCGUCACAAGCAUGGACCUCUCGAGCAACAAUUUAAUUGGAGAAAUCCCUGAGGAACUUACCGGUCUUUACGGCGUAAGAUUCUUGAAUUUGUCCAAUAAUCAACUUUAUGGAAAGAUUCCUGAGAAUAUCAGUGCCAUGAAAUUUUUGGAAUCCCUCGAUAUCUCAAUGAAUCAACUCACAGGUGUGAUACCUCAAAGUAUGGGAACUUUAACAUUCUUGAGUUAUUUGAACUUAUCCCACAAUAACUUCUCAGGCAGAAUUCCAUCGGGCACUCAACUUCAAAGCUUUGGCGCACUGAGUUUCAUUGGGAACCAUGAUCUUUGUGGACCUCCACUUACGCCUAGCUGCUCUGGAGAUGACACGCCCCUUGAGCCAAUACCAAAUGUUGACGAUGAAGGUGGCGGAGAUGGAGAUUGGAUUGACAUGAAGUGGUUUUGUAUAAGCGUGCCAUUGGGAUUCGUAGUGGGGUUCUGGGGUGUAGUCGGUCCAUUGGCAUUCAACAAGGCUUGGAGAUAUGCUUUCUUCAAGUAUUUGGAUGACAUCAAGUAUAAACUCUUCGGUGGUGUUUGA